CGACCCACGCAACUUCCUGUUUUGAUUUUGUUGUUGUUGGUAAUUUCGUUUUUAGCUAGGAGAUAAACAGAUAGCUAGCUGUAAUGAAACGCCAUAUCUUUACUAACAGGUAGGCUGUUAAAAUCAAGACUCACAACUAUCGACAUAGCAUUGUGCUUUAGGGGUUAAUAUACACCUGUCGUUCCCAACUCUUGUUGUUGGGAGAUGGCACUAAGCGCGGGCGGUUGGGCUCAAACGCCUGUGCCAGCCCCAUUCCAGUCUGUACAUGGUGGGCCCGCACUGGCUAGCUGCAACACCGUCUUGAUGUCGGUACGAGUGUCGGUUUGCCAUUCUGGAAUUCGACCGCUUUGCCUCCCCGGAGCUGGCGAUGAGGCUCUCCGUCUUCAGCUUAGCAUGGACCCCAGCAAGGCUGGAGAGUUUCGGCUAGCACUGAGGGACAGUAGCGGAAGCGGCCGUAGUGUGUUCAUUGCAGAGUUUGACUUGCGCUCUGUGCAGUAUGAGGUGAAGUCUCCACACCUUCACGAGAUUCGUCUGGCAACGCCCCCUCAUGACUGCAUCCGCUUCAACUUCCGCUGCGACCUGGAGGCUGAGCAGUGGGCCACCGUGGUGAUGUCAUCACUAAGAGAGGCACACAGAGUUGCUGCAAAUAGUUCCCCCCAUCCUCUGGAUGACCGACUACAGCACACAGCAGCAGUAGCUCUGGAACAGCGCCGGACAGCCUCCUUACCACUCACUGAGGAGCUGUGCCUGGAGCUUGCCCGGGCGAUCGAAGCAGGCGAGAGCCAGGCUGCUGCUCAGCAUGCGUCUGCUCUGGCUCACCAGAAGGCGGCACUCACUAUCCAACUGUCUGAAAAGAGUUACGCAGAAGGAGAGAUACGUUUGUCUGUGGCAGUGGAGGACAUUUCCUCUUCAUGUUGCGUCACAGUGAAAGUCUUCCCACACAUGACCGUCGCAGCACUCAAGCAGCAGGUGUUUCUGGAGUAUGGCUUCCACCCUUGCGUGCAGCGCUGGGUGAUAGGGCAGUGUUUGUGCACAGAGCCCAGGUCCCUGGCCUCUUAUGGGGUCCAGAGGGAUGGGGACAUGGCCUACCUCUACCUGGUCUCAGCCCGCCAUGCCCGCCUCACCCGCCAACUGUUCCAGCAGGACCAGGAGGGCGCCCUACUCACCCCACCUCCACCUACCAGCAACAGGUCUGCGUCCCAGGACUGGAGGGGCUACAGCACCCUGCCUUCCAGGCUCAGCCACAACUCCCAGGGGAGCACCGGAGGUGCGGCUGACAGGCUGGGUAUGAGCGAGAUCCAAGAGGCCCUCAACCUGGAGACUCUGCAGAUCAACAAUAAACCAGAUCAACCCUGCAAAGCCAGUAAAACACAGACAGAAUGGGCGUGUCCCUCCUGCACCUUUAUCAACAAGCCUUCCCGACCAGGCUGUGAGAUCUGCAGUACAGCCAGACCUGACUCGGGGGAGCACAGCCUCAUACAACAGGAGAAAGGAAGAAGAGUGGAGCAGGGGGAGAUUGGUGCAUUGAUCAGUUGACUGCCUCGCAACCUAUACCAUAGCCUGGACGACUGAUCACACACACUUAUACAACUGACACACCAAUUUACUGCUUCUUAGGUGAAAACCCACUACUGACAUACUAUGACAAACCUCACAGCCUGACGGACACUAGAGGUAUAUGGACGCUGUAUUGACGCUGCAGCACAUAUAUGGAACUCCACUUGCAGUGGCUCACAAAAGGAACUACCUGUAUAGUCAUUGAGAGCUGGCUUUUGACUCUCCUCUGUGGACAUGAUGGCAGUCGGAAACCUCUGCCUUGUGGGGGGGAAGAGUGGAAUAGUUCUAUAUUUAUUCCAUAGGGGUGGGUGGUGCUUCCCUCAUCCCUCAUAUCUCAGAUGAGAGAAUAUGGUAUAUUUUUAAGUUGGCUAACUGGGAAAGUUGAUACUUUGAGUACUGAAAGUGCAGUUUAAAAUCAUGGCCCGUAUUCACAAUCUCUCAGAGUAGGUGUGCUGGUCUAGGAUCAGAUGUCUUUAAGAUCACAAUUAUAUAGAUGGGGGACCUGAUCCUAGAUCAGUACUCCUACUCUGAGAUACAUUGUGAAUACAGGCCCAGGUCUUGCUGGUCAUUGGUUGGUGACAUUUGGUUUGAUGGGAGAAGGGGUAUUGGUUGCUAUGAGGCAAGUCUUUCGGAGUGACAGGUUUUUUUUUAAAGUGAUUUUAUUUGUAUAACAUUGUAUUUAGUGUUUAACAAUGUUUGGCGAUAUUAAUGUUGAUGCGUUUCACCUACUUGUCAUACGUUUCUCUGUCUAAACUGUGAUAGUGACGGAAUGUUAUGUCUGUAUAAAAUGGUGUUGGCUGAAUAAACAUACGUUGAUCAA